AUGGCCCGAGUACCGGAAUUUCGGGACACAACCAACGAGCCUGCCGGUCGGCAUCCGCUUCCUGCAGAGCCAGCGAGCGAGGGGUGCGGCCCAGGCUUGACUCCUAGCGGCGACGUCGACGGUAGUUUGGCUGCACAGGAGUUUCUUGAGCUCCUUGAACACGGAGCACGUGGCGUGCUCCUAGACGUGCAGGACAAGCAUGGGCUGGGGGUGGGGGUGUCUCCGAACGGGACGCCAAUCCCACCACCGGGUGUGCUGAGCGCGGCAGAUCUUUUCGUAGAGAAGACAAUGGGGGUUGUCACGGAGACAUUCAACCAGGACUCUACGAGCCGCUUAUGGGCAUGCACCCUAUCGUACAAGUCAGCGUUACGCGAGGUUCACGCCACUGGGGAGGCGGUGAGCGGGAAGAAGGUGGCGAGAAAGCUUGCGGCGGCGAGGCUAGUCGCGAGCCUUAUCAGCGCGACGGGCACGAACGAGCUGGACCGUGGUGGUAGUGCGGCGGGGGCCAUGCCGGACAUGCCGGAAGAGGACGGCAUGACCGGACGGCAGUCACCCGACACGAACGUUGAUAGCGAGUCAAGCGUGCCGAGGGGCACGGUAAACUCUUCCACUUCCAGUUAUGGCGACGGCGGUUCGGCCGCGUUGCGGUCGUUUGAAGGAGGAGCACGUGGCGUGCUCCUAGACGUGCAGAACAAGCAUGGGCUGGGGGUGGGGGUGUCUCCGAACGGGACGCCAAUCCCACCACCUGGGGUGCUGAGUGCAUUACAUUCUUUCUCAGAAAACACGAUGGGGGUUGUCACGGAGACAUUCAACCAGGACUCUACGAGCCGCUUAUGGGCAUGCACCCUAUCGUACAAGUCAGCGUUACGCGAGGUUCACGCCACUGGGGAGGCGGUGAGCGGGAAGAAGGUGGCGAGAAAGCUUGCGGCGGCGAGGCUAGUCGCGAGCCUUAUCAGCGCGACGGGCACGAACGAGCUGGACCGUGGUGGUAGUGCGGCGGGGGCCAUGCCGGACAUGCCGGAAGAGGACGGCAUGACCGGACGGCAGUCACCCGACACGAACGUUGAUAGCGAGUCAAGCGUGCCGAGGGGCACGGUAAACUCUUCCACUUCCAGUUAUGGCGACGGCGGUUCGGCCGCGUUGCGGUCGUUUGAAGGAGGAGCACGUGGCGUGCUCCUAGACGUGCAGAACAAGCAUGGGCUGGGGGUGGGGGUGUCUCCGAACGGGACGCCAAUCCCACCACCUGGGGUGCUGAGUGCAUUACAUUCUUUCUCAGAAAACACGAUGGGGGUUGUCACGGAGACAUUCAACCAGGGCUCUACGAGCCGCUUAUGGGCAUGCACCCUGUCGUACAAGUCAGCGUUACGCGAGGUUCACGCCACUGGGGAGGCGGUGAGCGGGAAGAAGGUGGCGAGAAAGCUUGCGGCGGCGAGGCUAGUCGCGAGCCUUAUCAGCGCGACGGGCACGAACGAGCUGGACCGUGGUGGUAGUGCGGCGGGGGCCAUGCCGGACAUGCCGGAAGAGGACGGCAUAACCGGACGGCAGACGCCGGACGCGAACGUGAACAGCGAGUCAAGCGUGCCGAGCGGCAUCGAUAACUCUUCCACUACGAACUUCGGCGACGAUGGUUUGGCCGCGCUGCGGUCAUAUGAACGCGGAGCACGUGCCGUACUCCUAGAUGUGCAGGACAAGCACGGACUGGGGGUGGGGGUGUCUCCGAACGGGAUGCCGAUCCCACCGUCUGGAGUGCUGAGUGCAGUAGAUCGUUUCUCAGAGAAGACGAUGGGGGUUGUCACGAAGACAUUUGAACAGGAUCCGUCGAGUCGCUUGUGGGUGUGCACCCUUUCGUACAAGUCGGCGUUGCGCGAGGUUCACGCCUCGGGGGAGGCGAUGAGCGGGAAAAAAAAAUCGAGGAAGCUUGCGGCGGCGAGGCUCGUCGCAGAUCUACUUGGGGUGAUAGCGACUUAA